AGAGCCCUUUGGGCCCAGGUCAAAAGAAGUGCACUAUAUAGGGAAUAGGGUGGCAUUUGGGAAGAUCUCCUUGUCUGUACACAGUGUUACAGUGGAGGGAGAUUCUACUGGCCAGACAGUCCCGUGGGAGCUUGGUCGCUGGCACUGCUAAGGGUCACAUAUGUUCAAUGGGCCAGAGGGGAAUGCAGUGAGGCAACACUGCUGUUCAUUGGUCUGUUUCGUGAGGAGGGUAUUACCAGGGGGUUCAUAUUGGGCCUGUCCCAAAUGGAAACCUAUUCCUUACAUAAUCCAUUACUUUUGACCAGAGCCCGUCCAUAGGGUGAACUUCAUAGGGAAUAGGGUUCCGUUUGGGAUGGAGUUCUUUUUUUUAGGUGAGGGACAUUCUGAUGUUCCCAUUUGACUAAUUCCUAAUUCAUUUGUUUUGUGUCCCAAAUACAAAGUUCUGGGGUGCUUGAAUGGAUAAGGUACUGUCUUGUACGAUCAUAAAAUACAUAUUGUUUAUCUUGUAAAAAUGUAUGAGGAAAAAAUACUUCACUAUCAAAGAACAAUAGAAAAAUUGUCAACACAUCACAUAUCUGACAUUGAUUUUAGUCUUGACUGUUGGCCUGUGUGUGAUUUCCUCUUGGAUCAAACCACGUCUGAUGCCUUCUAGCCAUUGACCCAUGCUGUGUGUUUGUAAAGCAAGUCUCUAGCCCCGAGCGAAAGCCUGCUUUUGUCUGUCCUCACAAGACAAAUCUCUUUGCUUGGCGGACCAGAGAGGCUCAGGUUGACUCCAAACCAUUCAGAMAACAGAAACUGGAGUGAGUGGAAGCAGGUGCUGAUGCUAGUCUAGACCACAGAGGUGGCAGUUUUUCAUGCAUUGCUGAUUUCUGACAGACCAUAAAUCAAAUUGCACAGACUGCACAAAAAAAGGGGGCUGUUUGAAAAGAGAAAAAAAGUAUGCCGAUUUCCUUUUCCUGGCCACAGCAGAGCAGGCAAACGAAACACAAGAAAAAUACAAAGAAACAUAAAAGGGUGGAAAGAAAGUGAGCAAAGGGCUGUGAUCGGCUAACACAGGAGCAUCAUAAUCGCAUGGUGUGGAUUUCCGCUUUGGCACAUUUACUUUAAGCUGCACAGCAGUGGCAGGGACACACCACAUAUACAACACAUGCAGAGUUACUCUACUGUACUAGCUGUACCAGAGCUACACUAUGGCGCUGUGAAGAGGGAGCGAGCUCCACUCCACCAUGCAAUCCACCACGAACUUCAAUGGGCUCCAGCGACAGGGCAGCCAGGACAGUUACAUUAUGGAGGUCUCUCCGCGGAAGAAGGGUCCUCUAUGGUAUCGGCGCUCUCUGAGGGGACACCAUGACAAACCCAGUCAGAAUAGGGGGACUACUCCCGGGACUCUGCCAAGAGGCUGGAAACAGUCCAACAGAACCCGCUCAAACUCCUUGGUGGAUUACUCUGACCCUCAGAGGACUACUGUUAUAAUGCAAAAGCAAGACAAUGAGACGUUUGGAUUUGAAAUUCAGACAUAUGGUGUGCAGCUGAAGAACAGCACUGCGGUGGAGAUGUGCACAUUUGUGUGCAAGGUGCAGGACGAUAGCUCAGCUGAGAGUGCAGGCCUGACCACCGGUGAUGUUAUCGUCACCAUUAAUGGGGUCAGCAUUGAGGGGUCGAGCCAUCAGCACAUCGUUGACCUGAUUCGAGAAUCCAACAACUUUUUACAGAUGGAAACGGUGUGUGGGACGGUGGUGAAGAGGAUUGAACUGGAGAAGAAGAUGAGCUUGCUCAAGCAUACCCUGGGAGAGAAAUGGGUGGAGUUGCAAGCACUCACAUUACAGGAAAAACGCCUUACGCGAGGUAACCUGAAUGACAGUUCUCUACACCCCUCUAUGGACUCCCUGAUGUCUCUACUUUCUCCGUCUGGACACAGUGACCACUGUGGCCACCGUUUCUCCAGUGACAGUAGCUGCCGGAGUGGGAUGACAGAGGACAGUGACCUGGCCAGUGUGUUUGGGGACCUGAGCUCUCCCAGCCCCUGCAAUGUGGCCAGUCCAGAUGAUAGCUGCUUCUUCUCCACAGACUUCCCCCAGGAAAUGCCCAGGGCCCCGGCCAGCCUCAGCCGUCCCCGCAGCGAUAGCCUGGCUGGCAGCAGUGGCUCCCUCUCCUCCACUAGUUGGGACCCCUCCAGAGCCUCCUCCCUGUUCGGGACACUCCCCAGGAAGGCUAGGAGAGCCAGCGUCCGCAAACACAUCCUGAAGUUCAUCCCUGGAUUCAACCACUCAGUGGAGGAGGAGGACACCUGACCUGAGCUAUGAACGAACACUACAGUAGGUCUGAUGUGAUGUUCAAUACAAACAUUUCCUGCUGAGACUGAAGCAUUGCCAAUAUGGACACCGUGCCCCUGGCUCAGGAGUAGCCACUCAAUGAACAUUAUUGGGAUGAGAAGCAUUAGGAGGUAAAGAGAAAUCUCCCUUUGACAAAGGCCUUCAGUUAUCUAUUACUGUAUACGUGAUGCACAAUUUUCAUAAUGAGAAGACAGCAUUAAUCCUUAUAACGGUAACAAUUAUUUGUAAUAUAGAACACGGGAACUCAGUUCAUGUGUGUGCAGACAGUGCAACAAAGAUUGUGCUUGCCAUUUCUAAAAAUGUUACCAUUGUAUGUAGGGUGAUAACUAUGCAUGAAAAGCCAUGAUUUUACUCAAUUCAAUAUUUUGCUUGUAUAUAACUUGAGAAGUGUUAUGCUUUGCAUAUUUGAAAGAAUUUACCAGCAACAGUCUGUCAGGUUUGUCACCUAAAAAGUGUGAGUUCUUAACCAGGUAGCUAACUUCAUAGUUCAAAACAGGAUGUGGGCAGAGAAGGAGCUACUUUCUUGACUAUUUUUGUACCCAAACCCAAGUUUCAGGUUAUCUACAACUUACUUUCAGUCUUGAUAGUUAUACUACAAAUAACAACCGUCUUUCCUCUAAUUCAUGGCAUUUUAACAGAGUGCCAUGGAAUGUUACUCGACUGUUUUGAAUGUAUGCUUGAUGUGCCAUUUGCUGCUUUCAUUGAGAUUCAAAAGACAUAUUUGAAAUUCCCUGAAGACAAGUGACUGUAAAAUUUUACACAAAGUGUAUAGUGACAAUUUAGGAACCAACUAUUUACAUAUUCUCUCUCUCAUACUGCCUUCUAUUAUUUAAAGUACAUCUAUGUGAGAGUGAAAAAAAAUAACUGAUUAACAUCCACUAGAUGGCAUUGCAAGCAUUAAAUGCUUAGGACUUUGAAUUAUAUCAGGACAUACAGUACAAUGCCACACUGUAAAAGGAGAAUGAGGUUCACAAUAUCUUGCCAAAUGUGAUGCCAGUGGGGUUCUGAAGUGGAGCGGCAGGUAUCCUGGUGGUUAAGAGCGUUGGACUAGUAACCAAAAGGUUUCUGGUUCGAAUUCCCAAGCUGACUAGGUGAAACAUCUCAUUGUGCCCUUGAGCAAGGCACUGAACCCUAUUUGCUCCUGUAAGUUGCUGUUGAUAAGUGAGUCUGUGAAAUAAAAAAGUAGGACAGUUAAA